UCUCAUCAGCUCUAGACGAAUUAAAUUUAAAGCUGCAUUCUGCGAAUUCUAGACUUAGUUCUCCUUCAAACUCACGGACAAUCACGACGCAGGAAGAUGUCUGAAGCUGAUAUACUUUACUCUGAUGUCAAGUUCAGGAGAGCGAGGGAAAACACUGAUGGGCCCACUUCUUUGUCAGCUGAAAGCACUUAUUCCGAAGUCAAGAUCUUAAAAGCUCAGCCUCCCUCACAGCCGCCAGACUCCCAACGAGCAGCGGUGUCAGCCGGGCGGUCGUGGGCCACAUCAGGCCGAGUGGCUCUGCUGGUGCUCAGUGUUCUGCUGGUGGCUGCUGUCGUUGCUCUUCGUGUAACCAUUUACCAAAAUAUUCAAACCAAGAAAAGUCUCCAACAGCUCCAGGACAAAUAUGACGCCGUGGCAACAAAUCUCACAAAUGAGACAUGUAAGUGUGACGUAGGCUGGGAGCCACAUGGAGGAAAGUGCUAUUUCUUCUCCCCCUAUGAUGCCGACUGGAAUAAGAGCAGAAAUAUAUGCCGAGUACUGGGAGGACACCUGGUUGUGAUAGAAAGCAGAGAGGAGCAGAGAUUCCUGGAGUCUAGACUGAGAGAGAAGAUGGAGCACGCUGAGGACAAGUUCUGGAUCGGACUGACAGACGCAGAGACAGAGGGCGAAUGGUUGUGGGUGGACGGGUCACGACUGGACGAAAGGGUGACGUUUUGGAUCGGCUAUGAGCCAGACAACUGGAAGAUGUACAAUCUUGGAGGAGAGAACUGUGUGGGGAUGGGGGAGAAAGUAGGAGCUCGCAACCUAAAGUGCUGGUUUGAUAAAAACUGCAUUGAGCUUCAUAAAAGCAUUUGUGAGAAACAAGAAAGAAAAUUACCUCAUACUUGUGUCUGAAAUCAAGUUUUAAGCUGGAGUCUUCCGGCACCUUAAAGGUGACGUAUUAUGCCCAAAAAAAAAAAUCACUUUUUCAGUGUUUGUGCACAUAAAGUUGUGUAUCUGUAAUCUGUAACCUGAGAAUCUCAAGGGGCGUUGACAUUUCCUACACUUUUUGAACACGGUUGACCAAUCACAACAGACUGGGCCAGCUGGCCAAUCAGAGCAGACGGGGUUUAUCGGGAGGCGGGGCUGAAGUAAAUCCAGUCGUUUUAGACAGAGGGUGAAAAGAGGAGCUGCAGAAAUG